UCUUGGGGAGGGGGCGGGGGGGUUCUCCCUGAGGAGAAGCGGUCGAGGCCAUGGCGGCGGCUGAUGGUGGUCGGGAGCUGAACGGCCUGCGGGGCAGGGCGGAGGACGGGCUCCUCAACCGCUUCGGUGCAAGCUGUCCGGGGGAGGCCGUCACACGGGCGGCCCCCUUUGAAGACCUUCAGAGAACACCCAGAAGGAGGCACGGAUUGGGCCAGAGAUCUCCACCAGCAAGAAGUGGCCAUCGCUGCGUGGCAGAUAAUGCCAACUUGUAUGUGUUUGGAGGCUACAAUCCUGACUACGAUGAGUCUGGUGGGCCAGAGAAUGAAGAUUACCCACUCUUCAGGGAACUCUGGCGGUACAACUUUGCUACAGACACGUGGCACCAAAUGGGCACUGAGGGCUACAUGCCCAGGGAGCUGGCCUCCAUGUCACUUGUACUGCAUGGCAACAACCUGCUUGUGUUUGGGGGCACUGGAAUCCCAUUUGGGGAAAGUAAUGGCAACGAUGUCCACGUCUGCAAUGUCAAGUACAAAAGAUGGGCCCUGCUCAGCUGCAGAGGAAAGAAACCCAAUCGGAUCUAUGGCCAGGCCAUGGCCAUCAUCAAUGGGUCUCUGUAUGUGUUUGGUGGAACAACUGGUUACAUUUACAGCACCGACCUGCAUAAACUAGACCUCAACACCAGAGAGUGGAUCCAACUGAAACCAAACAACAUGUCUUGUGACAUGCCAGAGGAGAGGUACAGGCAUGAAAUUGCACACGAUGGUCAAAGGAUUUAUAUCCUGGGAGGUGGAACUUCCUGGACAGCUUAUUCCCUAGAUAAGAUCCAUGCAUACAACCUUGAAACCAACACCUGGGAGGAAAUUGCCACAAAACCUCAUGAAAAAGUCGGCUUCCCAGCAGCUAGAAGAUGCCAUAGCUGUGUUCAGAUCAAAAAUGAUGUGUUUGUUUGUGGAGGCUAUAAUGGAGAAGUGAUUCUGGGAGAUGUUUGGAAGCUGAAUCUGCAGACUUUCCAGUGGGUCAAGCUCCCAGCUGCCAUGCCUGAACCAGUGUACUUUCACUGUGCUGCUGUCACACCAGCUGGCUGUAUGUAUGUUCACGGAGGAGUGGUCAACAUCCACGAAAACAAACGGACUGGCUCGCUGUUUAAAAUGUGGUUGGUGGUACCCAGCCUGCUGGAACUGUCGUGGGAGAAGCUCCUGGAGUAUUUCCCUCAUCUAGCAACCCUCUCCAGAUCUCAGCUUUUGCACCUCGGACUGACGCAGGGACUCGUUGAGCGGCUAAAAUGAGAACACCUGCUUCUGCCCCAGUCACACUACGUCCAGCAGCCCCUCCUCCCUCCCCUAUUUAUGGAUACUGUGGUUGGUCUUGCUAAGAACACAGAGGAACCUGCUCAACGCCUUACUCAGCAAAUGCAUCGAUGCCUUUCUAGAAGUUUUUAAUUUGUUGGAAAUCCGCUUUUUAUUUAUGGACCUCUGAGUUACAUUAUGAAUGGGACUAACCCAUCCCAUCUAUCCAUUAUCAGCACAUGCUUGCAACUUAACUGGGGGGAGGGAGGAUAGUGCUUAAUGAAUGUCUGAGAUCAUG